ACCACGAACAGACCACUUCUCUUAACGCGCAGCGGGCUUGCACGCAGGCAGGCGCGCGCACCCCGCACACGGCGCGCACUCCACCUCCCGCGGCUUCAGCAUCUUCACUGGCUGCCUGCGUCCGCUCGCAACUGCAAGUCUGCAACGAGAGGGUCAGACGGAGGCGCAGAGGCGGGCGGGGACGGAGACCGGGAGGGAGAGAGAGAAAGACCGUGAGAGGCUGAGAGGUGAGGGGAAGGAGGAGAGGAGGAGGGCGGCGGCGGUGGCCGGUCCGGCGCGGUGGAAUGCCGGCCGUUCCCGCGGCGGAUCGGGCUGUCUCCUCGGAGCGAUUCCUGGCGCGGCUGGCCUCUGGGCGGUGACCGCAAGGCCCGGCCCUGAGGCGGGCGGCGACCCCGAGACGGCGCUUGGGUUUUUUCUCGGUUGCGCUCUCUUGGUGACGCCGUGAAGGUUGGAAUUCUCUCCCAGGGCGCCAUCUCCGCCGGUUCCUUCCGCGUCCUGGACUCCUGGGUCGCCGCCACCGGGGAGGCGGCGCGCCGCGCGGCGCGAAAUGGACCUCGCCUCCGGCUCCGAGAUUCCGACCUGCAACGGCAACUUGCGAGGAGUGAUGCACUGAUGGAGACUCUUGGAUUAUAACUGCAUUUUCCCCUUAUUCCUCCUGCUGUUCCUAACAAUGUGGCAUCUGAGGCUUAUAGCUAUUUUUUCUGCUGCGCUUUUCUUUACGCAUCUUCCAUGUGCUAAAGGUGCUGACCUGAACUCUGAUAAGCAGGCCCUUCUUGCAUUUGCUGCAUCACUGCCUCAUGGCAGAAAGCUCAACUGGACCUCCACAACCCAAGUAUGCACAUCGUGGGUCGGGAUUACUUGCACGCCCAAUGGGAAGCGUGUACGUGAAGUGCGGCUACCUGCAAUAGGGCUCUUUGGUCCUAUCCCUGGGGGCACACUUGGCAAGCUUGAUGCACUAGAGGUGUUGAGCCUUAGGUCAAAUCGUCUCACUAUUAAUCUUCCUCCUGACGUAGCAUCCAUUCCUUCUCUGCACUCCCUUUAUCUUCAGCACAACAACUUGUCUGGAAUUAUACCAAGUACACUGUCUUCCAGCCUAACAUUCUUAGACCUGUCAUACAAUUCCUUCAAUGGAGAAAUCCCGUUGAAAGUGCAAGAUAUCACUGAACUGACUGCAUUGCUUCUCCAGAACAACUCUCUUUCUGGACCCAUCCCUGAUCUUCACCUCCCCAAAUUGAGACAUUUGGAUUUGAGUAACAAUAACCUGAGUGGACCUAUACCACCUUCCCUGCAGAAGUUCCCAGCUAGUUCUUUCUUGGGAAAUACCUUUCUAUGUGGAUUUCCAUUGGAACCAUGUCCAGGAACCCCACCCUCUCCAAUAUCACCAUCACCCCAAAAUGGCAGAAGAAGCAUAUGGAAAAAGCUUAGCCGUGGUGUCAUUAUUGCAAUAGCUGCUGGAGUAGGGGCCAUAGUAUUGCUUUUGAUUAUCAUUCUCUUGGUAUGCAUUUUCAAAAGAAAGAAAGACGCAGAGCCUGGCGCGGCAUCAUCUUCAUCCAAAGGAAAGGCUAUUGCUGGUGGAAGGGCAGAAAAAUCCAAGGCAGAAUACAGCAGCGGUAUUCAAGAAGCAGAGAGGAAUAAAUUGUUUUUCUUUGAGGGAUGUUCAUAUAAUUUCGACUUGGAGGAUUUGUUGAGGGCUUCGGCUGAAGUCCUUGGAAAAGGAAGUUAUGGGACUACCUACAAAGCUGUUCUUGAGGAUGGGACAACAGUAGUGGUCAAGAGACUGAAGGAAGUGGUGGCAGGAAAGAGGGAAUUCGAACAGCAGAUGGAGCUAAUUGGCAAGGUUUGCCAGCAUCAGAACACAGUCCCAUUGCGUGCUUACUAUUACUCUAAGGAUGAGAAGCUCUUGGUGUAUGACUAUGUCCCAUUGGGUAGCCUUUCUGCUGCUUUGCAUGGGAAUAAAGCUGUUGGAAGAAAUCCAUUGGACUGGGAAACAAGAGUGAAAAUAGCUCUGGGCACUGCACGUGGGAUGGCUUAUCUUCAUGGCGAGGUUGGCGGGAAGUUCAUCCACGGGAACAUCAAGUCAAGCAACAUCCUCAUUUCCCAGGAACUCAGCGCCUGCGUCACCGAGUUCGGCCUUGCCCAGCUCAUGGCCCCGCCCCACGUCCACCCACGUCUCAUCGGAUACCGCUCGCCUGAGAUCCUCGAGACCAAGAAACCGACGCAGAAAUCCGACGUCUACAGCUUCGGCGUCCUGCUCCUCGAGAUGCUCACAGGUAAAGCCCCUCUGAGAUCCCCCGGCCGCGAGGACUCCAUAGAGCACCUCCCCCGGUGGGUGCAGUCCGUGGUGCGAGAAGAGUGGACGUCAGAGGUUUUCGACGUCGACUUGUUGAGGCACCCGAACGUCGAGGACGAGAUGGUCCAGAUGCUCCAGGUCGCUAUGGCAUGUGUUGCUGUUGUCCCUGACGAGCGGCCUCGGAUGGAGGAGGUGGUCAGGAGGAUCGAGGAGAUCCGGAACUCCUACUCGGAGACGAAGACCUCCCCGGAGGACAAACCAAGGGAGGGAUCCUUCUGAUCAUUCAUCAGUAGCACAGCAAUAACAUGGCAUCUUAGAGAAAGAAAUAGGUUUGACAGCUCUGCAUUUAGUGUGUGUGUGUGUGAACCUUUGCAGUUGAUUCCUGAUCAUUCUUUGGUAAAAUUGUUUCCUGUUCUUAGUUCCAUGAUGUUAGCACUGGUGGUUGUUUUGUUUCUCUAGUCCUGCUGCUGAUCAUCGUGUUAAUUUGUCGAUCGUGCUGCGAUUCAGUUUGAGAAUUGAGACAACUUUUUAAAGUCUGUUCGAAUGAGCAUUCUCUCUGUUUUGCA